CAAAGGCCUCCUGGUAUGAACCUUUAGCAGUCCGUUCCAGCAUGUUGCGUUGCAUGACAAAGGCCUAAACCGACUUUCCGGCGCUCGGGGGCGUCUGCCGGCUGUGCGACUCUCGAUGUGAAGAGGUCUUUCCCUCUUCAUAUAAAGGCUUUGGCCUCCCAGUGUCAUGGGUCUUCAUACGCUCAGACCGGUCCUCAGCUCGACAAUUGCACCAUCCUCUCGUUGAUCGAAGGAUAUAUAUACCAGUGCAAUCAUGGUCUCCUCAACACAAUUCACUACGGCAACACUUCUCGCCCUUGCGCUCAAUGUCGCACCAGCACUUGCGUUCUUCCGAUUGAUCUGUAAUGCUCCUCUCGUUGUUGAGCGCGCGGACCCUAUUGUCAGCCCUGGAAAGAUCUCCGGUCACGUACACACCAUCCACGGUGGUUCCAACUUCGGCUUGACCACUUCCUAUGAGGAGCUCCGCGCAUCAGACUGCACGUCUUGUAUGGUUCAGGAGGAUAUGUCCAAUUACUGGACACCAUCUCUUUACUGGCAGAACGAAGACGGUACCUUCCAGGAUGUGCCUCAGGUCGGUGGUAUGACCGCCUACUACCUCCAGCGUCGUGACAACGAUUCCGCCGCUCUCACUACCUUCCCCGCCGGCUUCAGAAUGCUCGCUGGUUCCAUGAACCUGCGUGAGUUUAACGAUGUUCAAGACCAGCUCGCUAUCAACUACGUUUGCUUGAACUACGAUGAUCCGAAGGCCGCUACAUACGGUUUCCCGGGCUACAACUGCCCUCAGGGUCUCCGUGCGCAAAUCAUAUUCCCUUCAUGCUGGGAUGGUGUGAACCUCGAUUCUGACGACCACAAAAGCCACAUGGCUUACCCAUCUGGUUUGGACAACGGUGUUUGCCCUGACUCCCACCCUAUUCGCUUCAUUACCCUUUUCUUUGAGACUACCUAUGAUAUCAACUCCUUGGUUAAUCAGCGCUGGAACGGUUCUCACCACAUGGUUUGGGCUAUGGGUGACCCCACUGGUUACGGAUACCACGGUGACUUCAUCAACGGUUGGGAUCUUGACACUCUUGAGAACGCUAUCAACAACUGCAAUGCUUCUUCUGGUCUGCUCGAGGACUGCCCUUACUUCACGCUCGACAACUCUGAUCUCUUCUGGGAGGGCAAGAACUGUAUUCGGUCUCCCAUCGUUGAUGAGAUCGUCACCGGUGCUGCUUUGGCUGCUCUUCCUGGUUGCAACCCUAUCCAGGAUGGUCCUGACAACGCUGUCAUGUACUCUACUUGCGACAACGUUGCCAACACUACUUUGUUCAAUGACACCCAGGUCUACAACGGAUCUUUCAUCCCUGACAACGUCAACCACCUCGCCAACCAGCCUUCUACUGUUGUGAAUCCUACCAACUGGACUUACAUGGGCUGCUACGGUGAAUACUCCAACUCUCGUCUCUUGACCCACAUGAUGUCUACGGAUGACACUAUGACCGUCGAGUCCUGUUUGGCGCUUUGCCAGGUCUCGAACUACAAGUACGCAGGUGUCGAGUACGCUACCCAGUGUUUCUGUUCCGACACGGAGCCUCCUACCACUCAGGUUAUCUCCGCCAAAUCUUGUUACCAGACCUGUGUCGGUGAUGACCUUGAGUAUUGUGGUGGACCUAACGCAUUGAACGUCUACAAGUCCGAUGCUUGGAUCAACCCUAUCGUCACCAGCUACAAGUCCUGGACCAACCUUGGUUGUUACACUGAAGCCACUAAAGCGCGUGCGCUGGUCAACUACAUCUCCCUCGCUACUACCAACCAGACCAUUGCUGGAUGUCUUGAUGCCGCUCAGGCUAAGGGUUACACCAUGGCUGGUAUGGAGUACGGUGGUGAAUGUUGGGCUGGAAACGCUUUGUCUGCGGGAUCUGUCAACACUUCGCAGUCUGAGUGUAACAUGCUCUGUCACGGUAACUCUUUGGAGUACUGUGGUGCUGGUAAUCGUCUCAGCAUGUACACGCUUAGCAGGGCCACUAGCUCGAGCGCGGUCAGCAGCAGUGUUGCUUCUACUUCUGUUGUCCCGUCGAAGGCUGCUUCGUCGUCCGCUGUCAUUUCUUCUUUCGCUGCGUCCUCCUCCGCUGCGUCCUCCUCCAGCAGCGUUGCCUCCUCCGCUGCGUUCUCCGCUGCCGCUUCCUCCAGCAGCGUUGCCUCCUCUUCUUCGAUUGUUUCUUCGACGGUUGUGAGCUCGUCCGUUUCAUCGGCGGCUGCUUCUUCCAGCGUUGCCUCUUCUACCUUCUCUUCCUCUGUCCCCUCUUCAGCCUCGAGCUCCGUUGUCUCCGCGUCCGCGUCGAGUGCUGCAUCUCUCUCGUCGGUGUCUGCCUCUGCUUCCGGGUCCAGCAGCAAGGCCUCAUCGGCGUCAUCAGUGUCGUCUGCCUCCUCCGCCAGCGCUACUGCGUAGGGCUAGCGAGUCAUCUCUCGGGACAAUUGCAGCUGCACGAAAGGGCUAGAGGGAAAUACGAGCUGGACUCUGGAGUUUGCAAUUGGAUGAUGCAUGGUUUAGCAUUGAUACCCCUACAUGAGAUACCCAUAAUUGAUUACAAUAUCAUUAUCAUUGCU